AUGAUUUUAAGAAUUAAUAAACAAUUUUUCAAAACCUUCUGUUCAACUAAGCCUCCUGUUGAUGAAAAGAAGAACGUGAUGUAUGCUAUGCCUCAUCCCAUCUGGAACUAAGAGGCUAUGAAUAAUGUUAAGAUCGAUCACAAAUUGCCUUUGACAUUUGGUGAUAGAUUUGCUCAUUUAUUCAUUCAGUCGAUGAGAGUUGGAUUUGAUGUUCUUAGUGGUUAUAGGAAGGUAUUUCCUUGGUAGGACAACAUAAUAUCAGAAAAGAAAUGGAUAAACAGGGUUCUAUUUUUAGAGACAGUAGCAGGUGUACCUGGAUUCGUUGCAGGAAUGCAUAGACAUUUGAGAUCCUUAAGAGGCAUGAAAAGAGAUUUGGGGUGGAUUCACACAUUAUUAGAGGAGGCAGAAAAUGAGAGAGUCCAUUUGUUGACUUUUCUUACAAUUAAGAAACCAUCAUUAAUAUUCAGAACAGGAGUGAUAUUGGCUCAAUUAUGGUAUGUUGCAUUGUACUCAGUCGCAUACAUGAUUCAACCAAGAGUGUGCCAUAGAAUAGUUGGAUAUUUAGAGGAGGAAGCUGUGAAGACCUAUACUCAUAUGAUUGAGGAAAUAGAAAUUGAAGGUAGUUCAAUUCAUUCUUGGAAAACGAGGCCUGCACACCAAAACUCAAUUGAAUAUUGGAAAUUAUCAGAAAAUGCAACAUUGUUGGAUGUGGUCAAAGCAAUUAGAAAAGAUGAAGAACAUCAUAAGGAAGUAAACCAUAAGUUUGCUGAUGAUUAUACUUAAUAAUCGGAGAAUCCAUUCCCUCCAGGGUAUUGA